GUUCCCUGUGUCAUAGGUAGGGAGUGGGGUGUUUUGUUUUAUUAUUCGAGACCUUAGGAAUUUCACUUCUAAUCAUUAUGGGGAAGAAAGGAAAAAAGAAGAAUGCAAGUGCAGGAUCAGAAAAUAAAACUUCAAAACACAACAAGGAAGUUUUGGAGUUGUGUAGAGAAAUACUUGACGUUGUUGUCAAAGACUUCCCUUUACUUCCAUCAGCACAAUGGGGUGAAUAUCUUAAAAUAUAUGAUCUCAUAGAGAGAAUAAUGCAGAAACAAUCUAAUGAAUGUAUAUGCUGGGAUGGAUUCUCCAGGGACGAUCACAUAGACGAUUUUAUGGCAUGGUUUAAGAGUAAUGGUGGUGUUGCUGAUAAAGUACAAAUACAUGAUUCUAAUAAGGAAGGAUAUGGUUUGAUAGCUGUUGAUGAUAUUGAGGUAAGAACUUCUCAUACAGAUAUUCUUCCAAGUGUUUAUUCAACAUCGUUGUACUUUACACCUGAUGAUUUGAAAUCCUUACAAGGAACUCCUACCCUUGGUGAUGCUCUUAAACCAUACAGAAGCAUAGCAAAACAGUAUGCUUACUUUUACAAGCUUUUCCAGAGUGAAUCAAAAGCUUUUAAACAUCCUUUUACUUUCGAUGACUUCAGAUGGGCUGUAUCUACGGUUAUGACCCGCCAGAAUCAAGUACCCAUCUCUGAUACUGAGAACAUCAAGGCGCUUAUUCCCAUGUGGGAUAUGUGUAAUCACUCUAAUGGAACGAUUGAAACAGGCUUCGACACGAAGGAUGAAUCGUGCAAGAGUUUUGCUAUUCGACCCUUCGCAAAAGGCGAUCAAAUUUUCAUCUUCUACGGCAAACGCAACAACGCGGACUUGUUGUUUCACAAUGGCUUUGUCUACCCAGAUAAUGAACACGACUUCGUAAACAUUCAUCUGGGUGUCAGCAGAAGUGACAGGCUGUACGCCAUGAAGGCACAGAUCAUGGCAAUGGUCGGGAUGGAUGCGUCUGCACAUCCUUACCCUGUCUUACGGGGAGAUGACCCUAUCAGUCCUCAACUGCGUGCAUUCUUGAGAAUCUUCUCCAUGGAUGACGAUGAACUAAAGAUCAGACUGUUCAACCCAGAGAAAAAGAAGAUCUUACCGCUGUCAGAUCUACCUAAUCCUGACGUCGUAAUAAGCGAAAAAAACGAGCUCAAGUCUUGGCACUACUUAUGCAUGAGACUGAACUUGAUAUUAAGCCAAUACAAGACAACGAUAGAGGAGGACGAAAAGGAACUCGAAUCAACGGAACAAAACAUAAAUGCCAAGAACUGUUUGCUCCUGCGCAUUACAGAGCGAAGAAUCCUCGAUCAGGCCUUAGAAAGCGUGAGCUCCAAGUUAGAAGAAGCUAUGAAAAAACGGGAAGAAAAGGAAAGAAAAGAAGAAAAUGAAACAUUGCAUUCGAUUGAGGAGAAAGUGGAGAAGCUGACUGUAGAGUAAAAACUUGAUAUCUUUUUUAGAAAAUUUCAUGUCGGUGAUGAUGAUGAGUGGUAGUGGUCGAUUAAAGAAUAUGAUGAUGAUGAUAGUGAUGGUGGGUGAUGAUGAUAAAGAUGAUGGUAGUGCU